CCCGGGUCAUAUAUAAAGAAGAAUCCAGGUUGACCGAGUUUGUACAAAUCCAUCGCCAUCAUGAAACUUAUACUCCUCGCUCUCUGCUGUUUGGUCGUCGUAUAUGCUCAGGAGCCACGUCCAUGUGAAUCUCCAAAGCAAUGGGAAGGAAGGUUCCUUAGAGCCGACAGAACAAAAAUGUUCGGUGAAUUAGCUAAACUGAGCUAUGACGAAACUAACAGAAGAGCCAGAGAAAUCGAGGAAGUUCAAAUUGGUCAAGACAGGGAAUAUUAUGAUGUUCUUUAUCUCCAUAACAUUGGAAAAGAAUAUAGAUUGAACCUGAAAACAAGAAAGUGUAAUGUAACAAACCUAUUUAGACCAUUCAGACCAUAUGGAGUACCCCCAAAUGCCCAAUUUGACGGAUCUGCUACCAUUGGCGCCGCUGGUGUUCCAGGAGAAUCUAUUGUUGUCGAGAACUGGUCUCUUACUGACGGAGACGACAAAUUCUACGGAAUGGUUUCAUCUCCAGACUGUGUUCCAAUUGAAUAUGCCUUCUACUCACAAGAGUCCAGCUUAAUCACUACAACAUUCUUUGACAUCAACGUUGGAAUCACAGAUCCAAAUGUUUUUAUUCCACCUUCAGAGUGCAUGAUGUUAUAAUUUGAAAAUAAAACAUUUAAAAUAUAAUAA